AUGGCUACCGAGGUCGUUCGUGAAUCCAAAAUCCUUCUCUCAAACGAAAACUACACUCUCUGGCUUCUCCCAAUCAAAGCAAAACUCUACAAACUGAAGGCCCUCAACAUUGUCACUGGCGCUGUUACCUGUCCCGAUUCUGAAACAGACAAGGACAACUUCAAAUUGUACAACAAACUCAAUGAAGACGCCUACGCCGAGAUUGUUCAAUACCUCAACCAAGAAGUUCUUGCUUAUGUCAGCUCAGCUCUCCCAACCACCGAUAAAUUCAAUGGAUACAAGCUUUGGCAGCUACUCAGAUCUAAGUUCGCUGGCAAUGACCUCACAUCGAAGACUACAGCUCUAAAGAAAUUCCUCGCCGUUGACUACGACUCGUUCUCAUCGUUUCUACCGCUUAUUCGAGCCGCAAAUCAAAAGAUCGUUCUCUCGUGCCUCGCCCUUGACGACCAAGUUAAAACUAUCUUGAUGCUCGACAAACUUCCUCAAGACUUUCACUCGUUCAAGACAAACAUAUCGAUGAAUUUUGAAACCUUGCCGUUCGACGACGUACUCAAGAAACUCGAGGACUUCGCUACUCAAAACCAACUGAACGACAUCAAGAAGUCUGUGAUCGCAUCCGAAGCUACGAUGUUCACCAAAACUACCGACCCCGAUAUUAUCUGUCCUCAUUGCAAGCGAGGCUUCCGAUCCUGCUCUCAUUGUUUCAAAAGUGGCCAUACGGAAAGCAACUGUUUCCAGAAGCACCCCGACAAACGACAGCCCAAACCGGCCCCCUCCUCCUCAAAACAACAUUCAUCUCAUCUCACUCGAUACACUCCCGAAGAUGAAGAAUACUUACAGCAAAAAUAUCCAGACCUCCAUCUCUAA